GAAGUUGCAGAGAGACACAGACACACACACACACAAGAGAUAGAGAGAGAGAGAGAGACUAUCAUCUUUCCCAAAUUUCGAUUUAUUAUUUUCUCGAAUAUUCCAGCAAAAAAAUAAAGAAAUAAUGAAUUCAGAAUCUUUAGAAAAUCUCCACCGACCACUGAUUGAAUCAUCGAAAUCGUUCAUCGACUACCGGCUCGAGACUGUCUUAACCGACCGUGAACUGCCGUACCUCCGCCGGAUCUACCUGGCGAUGAUGAUAGAGAUGAAGUUCCUCUUCCACCUUGCCGCUCCGGCGAUCUUCGUCUACGUCAUCAACAACGGAAUGUCCAUCCUCACUCGUAUCUUUGCCGGCCACGUAGGCAGCUCCCAACUCGCCGCCGCUUCACUCGGAAACAGUGGUUUCAACAUGUUCACUUAUGGACUUCUGCUCGGUAUGGGAAGUGCGGUGGAGACGUUAUGUGGACAAGCGCACGGAGCUCAUCGUUACGAGAUGCUCGGCGUUUAUCUCCAGAGAUCAACGGUGGUUCUCAUCAUCACAUGUCUCCCCAUGUCGCUCCUCUUCAUCUUCUCCAAGCCUCUCCUCAACACACUCGGCGAGCCAGAACAAGUCGCGUCAAUGGCUUCCGUCUUCGUCUACGGCAUGAUCCCAGUGAUAUUCGCCUACGCGGUUAACUUCCCCAUCCAGAAGUUCCUCCAAGCUCAGAGCAUCGUCACGCCGAGCGCUUACAUCUCGGCCGCGACUUUGGUCAUUCACCUUGUCCUCUCGUGGAUCGCUGUGUAUCGACUAGGGUUCGGUCUCUUGGCUUUGUCUUUGAUCCAUAGCUUGUCGUGGUGGAUCAUCGUCGCGGCUCAGAUUGUUUACAUCAAGAUGAGUCCGAGAUGUCAACGGACGUGGGAAGGUUUUAGCUGGAAAGCUUUUGAAGGUCUUUGGGACUUUUUCCGGUUAUCGGCGGCUUCAGCGGUGAUGCUCUGCCUAGAGUCGUGGUACUCUCAGAUUCUUGUUUUACUCGCCGGACUUCUCAAGAACCCUGAGCUUGCUUUGGAUUCUUUAGCUAUAUGCAUGUCAAUUUCUGCAAUCUCAUUCAUGGUCUCUGUUGGAUUCAACGCAGCUGCAAGUGUGAGAGUAAGCAAUGAGUUAGGAGCUGGAAACCCAAGAGCGGCUGCGUUUUCAACGUUUGUAACGACAGGAGUAUCAUUACUGCUAGCGGUUUUUGAAGCCGUUGUGGUCAUGUCGUGGCGAAAUGUCAUCAGCUAUGCGUUUACUGAUAGUCCUGAGGUGGCCGAGGCCGUUGCGGAUUUAUCUCCCUUUUUAGCCAUCACCAUUGUCCUCAAUGGAGUUCAGCCUGUUUUGUCAGGUGUGGCUGUUGGGUGUGGAUGGCAAGCAUUUGUGGCGUACGUUAACAUUGGUUGUUACUACGUUGUGGGAAUUCCGAUUGGGUUCAUACUUGGUUUCACCUAUGAUAUGGGAGCAAAGGGAAUAUGGACAGGGAUGAUUGGUGGCACAUUAAUGCAAACCAUAAUCCUAGUGAUUGUUACCUUUAGAACUGAUUGGGAUAAAGAGGUGGAGAAAGCUUCGAGCCGUCUGGACCAAUGGGAAGAGAGCCGUGAGCCGCUUCUGAAGCAGUAAACAAUGGACAAUAUUUUUGAGAGAGUAUUACAUGAAAGAUGCCAAUUUAAUUGAUAAAACACAGAUUUUUCAAUCGAAAAAAAAAACACAUAUUUUUUCAAUCGAAAAAUGUAUGUUGUUUUGUUGAUUAAUGACUCGGAAAUUUAUUUAUUUAUUCCUGGAAAAGGGGGGAGAGGAAAGAAAAUUGUAAUCAGUAUUUCAGUGUGAGUGAAUAUAUGUAUUUUUUAUUAAAGAGAGUGAGUUUUUUCACCAA